CACAAUAAUGAUGAAGCAAUGAUGUAGUUGGGAAGGCUGAGAGACGAGGCUCAAUAUUUUGUGCCUCGCCAAAUCUUCUUCAAACCACCACCUUUUUGGACAAACCAAUAACCAUGCCUCCCACCACACUAUUCCGUGCCAACACGGCAAGGCAAAUCAUCUCAAGAGUUUCAAAAACCACAGAAGUUUCAAUCAUGUACGCAAUCCCAAAAACGAAUCAAUUGGCCCCCAACUAACCCCCACAGCACCCGCACACUUCCUCUCACUCAAACCACCCCUCUCCACGAAAAACCCCAACUCGCAACUCAAACCCGCCAAUUUUCCCACACCCCCCUCCUCCUCAAAAAGAAAACCCGCGCCGACCGCGAAGAAGCAGCAGCAUCAUCCCCCACCUCCCCCGCAGACGACCCCUUCGACUUCGCCCAACUAACCGCCGGAAUCGAAAAGGCACAAGAGAACCUCUCAACCUCCCUCGCAAAACUGCGAACCGGCGGGCGCUUCAACCCCGAAACCCUCGAGUCGCUACGGGUCCACCUAGUAAAGGAGUCCAAGAAAACAGAGCGACUCUCAGAUCUCGCACAAGUGCUCCCCAAGGGAGGUAGAACACUCAGUAUCCUCGUUGGAGAAAAGGAUCAUGUCCAUGCAAUCACGUCCGCUAUCCAGGAGGCCAAGGAUUUAAACUUGCAGCCACAGCCUGAUCCAAAGAAUGAGUUGCAGUUGAAUAUUGCGAUUCCACCGCCUACGAAGGAGUCGAGGGAUUUAGCUUUGGCUGCGGCCAGUAAGACGGGGGAGACGGCUAAGACUGCUGUGCAAAGUGCAAGGAGUGUGCAGCAGAAGAGGCUGAGAGCGAUGGAACUGAAGAAAACUGCCCGACCGGAUGAUUUGAAAAAGGCUCAGAAACAGAUGGAAUCUAUAGUAGAAAAGGCAGUUGCGGAUGUUAAAAAGGCUGUAGAUGCAGCGAGGAAAACGAUGGAGCAGUCUUGAUGUCCUGUUCAUUGCUAUGUUCACACAUUUUUUGUACACUAAAGCUACCGACAUACCCCACGUCUAUGAUAAAUACAUAAGAGGAG